UGAAACUUACUGUUGUAAUUUACUUUCCAGCAUCUUGUAAACUUUCUUCCUCGUUAGAAAACCAUCACUUAAGUCUCUCUUGUGAGGACUUUUCGCAUCUGUUGGGAUUGGUGUGGAGGUUUCCUGUGGUUCAGUCGUUAUUUGAUUUCCUUCUUCGUCAUUUUUCAUCUGACGAUCACUUCCAGAUUCUUCUGCCAGGGUUUUAUUGUGGGAUUCUUUUUCGGCAAGUGAUUCAUCUUUAUGAAUAUUUCUUCCAAUACCUCCGUCAUCGUUGAGGAAUUUGAAGGGAAUUAGAUCAGCAACCGUUCUAGGUGGUGGAUAAUUGGCUUCGAAAUUGUAGGAAACAAAGACACUCCGAUGAGGAAGAUCCAGAGGUAUGGCAAUGGCCACGAGAACUCCAACGUCACUUGUGAUGCUGUCUGGAUAGAGGAGGAAUCUCUUCUCUCUCUCCAGAACUUCCAUGUCAUUCUGACUGGUAGUCCCAUUAAGAUUGAGUAGAGAUACUAAAAUCACGAGAAAUUGCCUAAUCUUCAUGCUUCUUGGCGUUUGGUGACGAAUAGACUGAAAGAAAAUUUAUCUAGAAUUCUCAAAAAGAGCAUCGAGAGUGAAAAAUUUGGGAGGCAUUUGCCAUUUGUCUCAAGAGUGGGAACUAAAAGAUCAUUAGAUGAUCCACAAAUCUACGGUAUUGUCAAUUAGAGACGGAGAGAAUUUUGGUCAGAAGGAAAGCUUUAUGUUGCAGAAAUGGAGCAGAGUCAGAGAACUAACGGUGAUUCAGGUGCUAAUUGAUCUCAAUAGGUCUGGUGAGGUGGAAGAAUAAAGAAGCAGUCUGUGAAUCUUCAGUGUCUUCUUGAAGGUUUGGUGUGCAAUGUCUCGUUUCUUGAUUGCUCUAGUCGGAUUCUUGGUGGCUGUGGGAGCAAAGCCAACAUUACAUAGGCACCGUCGGUUUCUUAUUGUUCCACCAACUGCUCCCACUCGCCACCAGUUUAUUGCAGGAAUCGGUAUUCCUGUUGAUCUUCAAGACGUAGCCAUUACUUCAGGCUAUGUCUUCAAAGCUCAGUAUUUUUUGCCCACUCAAGCUUCAGACUGGAGACCCAGUGAAGAUUCCUGGCAUCAUGAAUGGAAGAGGGAUGUUCAGGAAGCCACAGCGACAAAAGUUGAGAAUUACACAGUGAAUGAGAUUCACAUUGAGGAAUCUACUGAUCCACCAACGUCAGAAGAUCUAUCUUUCCUGAACGAUGUAGAGCCCUAUGAUGAGGAGAAAGCCAAUCAGGAAGCUGCAGAGGCUUUCUGGGGAAAACCCCUCCCUGAAGACGAUACGGAUUAUGGUGAAAAUUCCCGGUGGAAUACCUACAAAGGACUUGAGGCAAUUGCUACAAAGAGCGGGUUUGACGGAAGGUCUUGUGUUUUGAGGUCCAUUUGUGAGGCUGCUUUGAGACCUUUUAGUGGCAAAAGUGGGCUUUUGGCUGAAUUACUGAACAUUGUCUUCUCACCAUCUUCUUCCAAUGAUAAAGUAUCUCAUCACACAGACAAUGAGUACUUUCAUGCGGAAAAGCAAGGCAAACAGGGUGCUCCAUGUGCAGAGAUCUUCAAGAAUUGCCCAGUGUCGAUCCUGGACAUAUUCACGGCAAUUCCUGGGAGUUUCAAUGAGAUUAUGAAGAAGAAUUAGAAUAAAGCAUGUUGA